AUGGCUGUCAGAGAUGAACGGCUUCCAGUUUUGGCGUCGUGCGAUACGCGUGUUUCGCCCUCGUCCCUUUCAUUUCUUGGCUCCGUGCGGCAUGGCGUGUUUUACCCUCGGCCCAACACCGUCCCGCCAGCAAGGGGUGCGGUUGAGAGUUGGUCUGCCGUGCUUGAGAUGGCCCGAAAUAGGAAAGGCGCUUCUUGUCGCGGCCAUGGCUCCAUAGGAGUGUCCCAGAGAAAGAAAACGGCAGCCGACUCGCGAAGCUAUUCGCCCGUCCGCGAACAACAGCUUCGUGAACAACAGGCGCGCGACAAUGCACUUCGUACGGCGGUGGUAGCUCUUGAAAAGCUUGCCAGGGACAAAAUUCUGGCCGAACACAACAUUAAAAAACCUUACACAUACGAAGUCAAUAGUGAAAUGAAGCAUCUUAUCAAUGAUCGAUCGGGAAAAGAUCAACUUCCCACUUCUAUUCCUGUUCUGAAAAUCGCCCAGGAAUUGUCUAGAAAGUUGGAUUUGGAUCCCUCCGCGAACGGCUGGAAUGCUGCACUCUCUAUCAUGGCGGGCAAAAUAGGCAGCAGCCAGCCGAGUUCGGUCAACAGCGAGGCUUCUACAGCAUCCGUCAGCAGUGACUUGGAGGGCUUCAAAGCCGAUUACCGCACGAAGCACUUCACGGGCACCAAGGCCGUGGUCGUCGCCAUCCUUACCGCAGAAUUCAAUAUGUUGGGUAGUAGCUAUUCAGAGGAUCUUGUAGCCAAGACUGCAGAUCUGAUGAAGACCAAAACACCGCCUAAGGCGGAGGCCGGUCUGAAGAAUGAGGCUGCCGUCGACUGGAUUCACCAUAACGCGCCGGACUACGUCAAGGAUAUCAUGAACGCAUACAAGCAAGCAUUGAAGGUUCUUUCGGGCCAGGGCACGUUGCUGGGGGAAAGGAGCCAGGCAGUACUCGGCGGCCUUCAUGAUAUCGCUAAGUAG